AUGUGGUCGUAUGUUACUUAUUUGGCUGUCGGCAAUAAUGUUUACAAUACAUUCGGUAUGCUUGUUCCGUGGAUGCUUUUAUGCGGUUACAUUCGACAAAUCCCUUCAUGGAGUUAUACGGGUUCUGUGGCCGCUUUUACUCCUGUUGUAAUCAAUUUGGGUCGUCUACCGUAUGGAGAUAGUAUACCAGCUAGUAAUUAUGCUCUAUUGAGAAUCGAGGAAAAUUUAGUGGGUAUCAGUAUUGGUGUUGUAUUGACAAUUUUAAUCUUUCCAGUAUUCGCUGUUGAUGUAUUAAAAGAAAACAUAAAUAAAACGUUAAUUACAUGUAAAGAUUCAAUUCGAACUAUACACACCGUCUAUGAUCAAUUACUGUUACACACAGAAUCUCAUCCGUUAAAUAGUAACACUUUUAAAAUUAAUAUUGCAAAAGAAUCCUUAAUUGGUGCAUUUUUAUCUCAACAGUUUUCAAAAUUUCAAAAACUGAUCGGUGCUCAAUAUACGUUAAUCACACAAGCUUCUAUUGAACCAACAUUCUGGCUUAACAAAUUUUCCACAACACAAUAUAAAGCAUUGAUCACUCAACAGAUCGAUAUAUUUCGUAUGCUGCAUAAUAUUGAUACAUCAUUAAUCAGAAUUAGUGAAACAUGUUCAAAUAUCGAACGAUUGCAACAAAUUGGUCUCAUACCAAAUCUUCAUUCAGAAAUAUGUCAAAUAACGGGCCAACUUGGUGAUUGUGUAGAUUUAUGGAGUAAAUAUUUUACCAUGACACAGUCAAUUUGUAAUUGUAAAAGACAGAAAACUGAUACAACCGUGGACGAAAUGCAAAACAUUCAACAACAACAACAACAACAACAACAGCAGAGUACAGCUUCCAGCUCUCAAUCUGAUAAAAAACUUCAUCCCGAUGAUUAUAUACUUGAACAUGAAGAACGUUUGAUUUCUUUACAUAGUUCAGUGAGACAGUUAUAUGCACAACAUCAACUGUCAUUGAAUAAUCUUCUUUCAUAUUUAUUAGAAAAAUUAAAGCAAGAAGAUCAUCAAACAUUAGCUCAGUUGUUACCGCAUACAACAAAUGAUGAUAUGGAUGCAGUUAUUGUUGCUCUUACAUCACUUUUCUAUUCUAUAACACAUUUGAUAAAUGCAGUCAUCAUGCUGGGCACGGGAAUACAUACAAUAUUUGAAUUAGAGACUACAAAUAUAUACAGAAAAUAUUAG